ACCCGCAGGGUUGCACCGAAAUUGGCAAGAAAACAAAAUGGAGGCGUAUAAUAUUUUUGUUUGGCAUAGAAUAUAAGAAAUUCGUAUUCGUGUGUGCGAACAGCGCCGUAAACAAACCCCGUACAAGCGGGCAAAACAAAGAGUGCGAGCGCUCUUAGUCCAAAUAACGAAUUCCGCCGGAGGGGAUCCGCACGUUGCCGCAUCGUUGAAAGGGCAGCAGAAACCGGAGGUGUUCCAUAUUCGCCACUUUUUUGCCAAGGCGGGCAGCUUCUUCCCUUCCUGGGAAUUGGCGCUAAUUGGAUUGGACUGGAAAGAGGAAGAGGCGGAGGCGGAGGCGUAGGCAGCGUAGUAGAGCCGGAGGCAGUGGAACCAGGAGCAGCAGCGGACGAGAGAGCGGGAGAAGGCUAGGGCUAGGAGGCGGACGCAGAGAGGACGCCGCAAUGGCCACCACCCAGCAGUACUCGCUGCGGUGGAACAACUACCUGCGCCACCUCACCUACUCCCUGGACAACCACCGGCUAAACGAUGACUUCGUCGACGUCAGCCUGUGCGUGGAUGGACGCAGGAUCAAGGCCCACAAGGUGGUGCUCUCCUCCUGCUCGUCCUACUUCAAGGAGAUAUUCAAGGAGAACCCACAUCCGCAUCCAGUCAUUAUAUUUAAGUUCAUCAAGUUCGAGGAUCUCAACUCGAUUAUCGAGUUUAUGUACCAGGGCGAAGUCAAUGUGCAGCAGGAGGCGCUGCAAUCGUUCCUGCAAACGGCCGAGCUGCUGGCCGUUCAAGGACUCACCGCCGAGGAGAAGGAGAAGCCGCAGAUCCCGGUGGCGCCGCUGAUCAGCGAGCACAAGCUGAUCAAGACCAUACCGAGCACCAUACGCGCGGUCAACGAGCAGCAGCAGCAACAGCAGCAGCAGCAGCAGGUGUCCAAUGUGGCCCAGGCGCAGACAGCUACGCAAACCAUCGAAAUACCCGCGGCCACGUUGCUGCAGGCCACCAACGCCAGCCAGGUGCCAUCGCAGGUGGUCGCAGCAGCCGCAGCAGCUGCAGCGGCACAGCAGCUGCAGGUCCAGCAUCAACAGCAGCAGCAUCACCAUGUACAAACCACCCAGAUUCAGCACAUCCAAGUGCAAUCGGCACCGCCCCCGCAACAGCAGCAACAGCAACAGCAGCAGCAGCAACAACAACAGCAGCAGCAGCAAUCACAGCAGCAGCAAACGACGCCAGUGCAGACGCAACACCUGACCAUCACCAAUGCGGUGGCCCUGCCGGCGGCCAGUUCGGUUAAGAAGCGGAAGAUCACGUUCUCGGACGACGACGAUAACAUGUACACCACCGAAACCGUUGACUACGCCGUCAAGGAUGAGCAGACCAUAGUGAAAACUGCCGAGAUGACUUUCCUGCGCGGCGCCGUCAAAAUGGACAUACCCGAUUACAUUGUCGGCGAGGUGGAUGACCGCCUGUCGGAUGGAGCAACGCCGCAAACGUCGCAGGAUGCCACCACCGCAGCGGCGCAGAACGUGGCGCAGUACUCAUCCGAGUACGAGAUACUCACCGAGUCCGAAAUGGAGGAGAAGUACCAGGCGGAUGCGGACAACGCCGAAAUUGCCAUUGAGAUGACCCGAUUGCUGGGCACCGCCAGCGGGACGCCGGGUGCGGGUUCCGGCCAAGUGAUGGAGGAUUCGGGUGGCGGCAGCGCGACGACUGGUCCCUCGACAACGGUGUCUGUGACGCAGGUCAAAUCGGACAGCAAGGCCAGUGGGACGAACGAUUCGCCCAAUAAUAAGUGGACAGAAUGUCAGUUUUGCAAAAUGGUUAUAACCACGGUUAAUCUUUGGAGACAUAUUCGCACCCAACACACCCCACAGCCGCCGCGCAAAUGCGACAUGUGUAAUAAGAAUUUUAAGAACAAGUACAGCCUGCGGGAGCACAUACGCAUCUCGCACGAGCAGAAGGUGGCCAUCAAGACGGAGAACUGAUGCGUCUUCGAAAGCCUCGAUCGCCUGCGAGCCGGAUCUGGAUCUGCAACUGUAUCUGGAUUGAGAUCGAUAGGAUAUAAGGAUAGGGGAGAGAGAUAUAGUUAAUUACGUCCAGCUUAGCGAGCAGCCAGCCAGCCAGCCAACCAAUCAACCCAACCAGCCCAUUCCCUUGUGUUUCCAUCAAAGGCCCCAAAACGAAAACUAGCCAAAUUUGUCAACUUAAAUGCAAAGCAGAUAGGAGUACGAAACGUUUAUCCCUAUAUAGUUCUAUAUAUAACACCUUGAUAGCCACUAAGUCGAGUCAGUGAGUCAGUCGGAGAGUGGAGCUGGUGAUCCCGUCGUUGACCAAGCCAUGUCAUGUGUCCACGUAAUGCGUACAUGUACCACUUGUAUUUUAUAGUCUACCAUUUGGUUUAGGUACUUCUUCAUUAUACAGACGGCAAGUUGCAAGCCCUCGAAAUCCAUUGACACACCACAUAAUGUAUAUAAACACACACACAUACCCAAGAUGACAAGAAUUUUGGAAGAUUUGAGAGCACUUUGGGUGCUUAAUAGCUUAGAUAGAGUGAUACUAUGUGCAAGAGAACAGAACACAAGGAUUUAAUUUGAUUGUAGGAAACUAAUGUUAUACUUACCCCCUAUCGAUCACUUUAUUUUAGCUCUUAAACAACCUCAAUUGUAUUUUUUAAAACUCUGAUAUUAUUCAGUUUUGUAUAUAGAGCUAGGCAACUUAACCUACCUUAAGGUAAACCCGAAAACAAAGCCCUCCUCCCAGGAGAUUCUCUGCCCAAUUUGAUUCCGCAGGAAGGAAGCUGUGUACUUUGCUCACAAGCAGAGAUGAGGAGGAAAUGAGAAUAUAUAUACCCCUUGUGUACAAAUUUAAAUACGAUUUAAUCCAAUUAGCCGGCGCGCUUUUGACCAUCUGUGUUCAGCAUUAGAGCGUUGGCAGUUGACUGUAAAUUAGCUAAAUUAGUUCUAGUUUAGUUUAAGACACCACAAAUUCGAUUGGACAUACAUAGUUUAGUUAUUCGGUGUAACUUAGUUGAGUAUAGCAGCCCACACGAGCCAAGUGAAAACGGAAGUCAUAGCGCGUACGCUAGGAUAAGUUGAAAGUAUUUUCCAAAAGAAAACGAAGAAGAAGCGAAAAGAAAAGAAAAAACCUGUAGAAAUCCUCUCCAAGACAAACUCAAAGCCCAUAGAUACUAAAGAUAAUCUAGUUAAAUGAAACAACUCAUACGUAUUACUUAUCGAUCUAUGUAUACACAUAUAGUUAACGUUAUAUCUCCAAACUCCGUACAAUGCCCAAAUUGACUCCGCUCCCAGCCGCCGGCCGUAAUCCUCCAGAAGAACCACCCACCCACCAACCCACUAGAUUCAUCCAACUUCGGCAACGCUCUCGAAGAUAUCAACGAAGCAAUGGGAUUACGGCCGGAAUGUGGGCUAACGGGUCAGUUGGGGCAGCUGGAUGGAUAACUAGUUGAGAUUCCAAUUCCACCCCAAACACACACUAAGACAAAGUACGUAGAUUGAUUUACACGCGUCAACGAAACGGAACUAAAUUAAUCAAUUUAAUUCGAAAAGAGAGCGAGAUAGCUGCAGGGUUGGCGAAAAAGAGCGGGAGAGAAAAUAAAAGAAUUCAUGUAAACCAUUCAAA